UUAAAUAUCCCAGCUGUCGAGUCGAGCACGGAAGAAUUAUUACAGCGCUGGGCCAUUACAGCGGCUCGGUAGAGUUGAAGAUGGCGGACGGAGAGAAUAUUCUUGUUGGUGCUAAAACCAGAACAUCUGAAUCAAAUGAACCUGUUUUGAAAAAACCUAGGAUGAGUAUGUCUGUUGGCUGUGGACUUAAAAUUGUUGAGAAAGAUCCAGGAAUUUGCGGACCAGAGACCGGAGAGAAUUGGGCGGCGGCGACUUCAGCGCGGUCUGUCGAGGAGGUUGAGCCGGCGAUGGCGGUGGGACAGGCCACAGCAACACUAGGCGGAGACAAUGGACUGUUAGUCCCGCAGCCCGGUGAAAAUAUUUUACCCAUUGAGAGGACCUCGGUGUCUGGGCAAGACGAGGAACUCGCAGAGUGUGGUGAUUCUGAAAGUGUGGUCCCUCUGAAUGGCUUCGCUUCCCCAGACUGUGGUAAUGAAGAUGAUGAUGAUGAUGAUGAUGAUGAUCGAUCAUCUCACGCAAGUUCCAGUGACUGGACCCCCAGACCUCAGAUAGGCUCGUACAGUUUCAUUCAGCAACACAUCAUGAUGGAGACAGACCCUCGAACCAUCCUAAGAGAUUUGCUUCCUGAUACGGUACUCCCACCUGAUCUGGAUGAUAUGACAUUGUGGCAAAUUAUCAUCAACAUCUCCGAGCCACCUAAAAGAAAGAAGAGGAAAGAUAUCAAUACACUAGACGACGUUGUCAGAUUGCUCCAAGAAAGCAAGAAGGUCCUCGUCCUAACUGGUGCCGGGGUAUCUGUUUCUUGUGGUAUACCUGAUUUCCGAUCUCGGGAUGGUAUAUAUGCUAGACUUGCAAUAGAUUUUCCAGAUCUUCCAGACCCUCAAGCAAUGUUUGACAUAGAGUACUUCAGACGUGACCCAAGGCCUUUCUUCAAGUUUGCCAAGGAAAUCUACCCUGGACAGUUCCAGCCGUCUCCAUGUCAUAAAUUCAUCGCUAUGCUAGACCAGCAGGAGAAGCUUUUACGGAACUACACACAGAACAUUGACACCCUAGAACAGGCCGCAGGGGUACAAAGAAUCAUCCAGUGUCAUGGUUCCUUUGCCACAGCCUCCUGCCUCAUCUGCAGAUACAAAGUUGACUGUGAAAUCAUCUCUGAAGAUGUGCUCAACCAGGUUGUUCCUCGCUGUCCAAGGUGUCCACCUGAUAUCCCUCUCGCAAUCAUGAAACCAGACAUUGUUUUCUUCGGCGAGAACCUUCCAGAGUUUUUUCACAGGGCAAUGAAGCAAGACAAGGAUGAGGUGGACCUUCUCAUUGUCAUUGGGUCUUCUUUAAAAGUGCGGCCCGUGGCACUUAUACCAAGCUCCAUCCCACAUGAAGUGCCUCAGGUCCUGAUUAAUCGGGAGCAGCUGCCGCACCUCAACUUUGAUGUGGAGCUCCUGGGUGACUGCGACGUCAUCGUGAACGAGCUGUGCCACCGGCUGGGCGGCGACUUCUCCAAGCUCUGCUACACGCCCUCCCGACUCACCGAGAUCACUGAGAAACCCCCACGGCCGACCCCUACGCAGCCUGAGCCGGCCGCACAAAGCGAGGGCGCCGUCGCAGACGCCAACAUCCAGCCCAUCGUGGAGCCCGCGCACAUGCCUGCAGACGAGACGGGCACACGGACGGACACAACAGGGACGGCAGACAAAGUCACAGAACACUGUCCAAACGCACAGUCCCCCAGUGUAGAGGGGACAAAGACGUCAGACACAAAACACUCAGAAGACGCACAAAAAGACGAGGCCUUAGCAGCAAAAGACACCGCUCGUCGACGAUGCUGGCUGAACAGACUCUGUCGUAGUCCAAUCAGCAAACGCCUUGAGAGCUCUCAGUACUUAUUCCAAGCACCAAAUCACUACAUCUUCCACGGAGCCGAAGUGUACUCAAACUCGGAGGACGAGACGUCCAGCUCGUGCGACAGCGAGGACUCCUGCUGCAGCGACGAGGAAGAGGACGAGAGGGAGGAGGAGUGCGAGAGGGAAGAGGAGGGUGAUGCAGGGAGCGCACACAUAACAGUACAGGAGGAGGAGGAGAAAGAGGAGGAGAAGAAGGAGGAGGAGAAGCAGGAGCAGAAGAGGAACAGCCUUAGAGACACACUGCCAGAGAAUCAAAACCACGAGAGCACCACACCGAGCUCUCCAACAAACAGUACUGCAGCUGUGAAUGUCCCAGACACCACAGACCUUUAACAACACAAAACUGAGUCACUCUUUUCUCAACUACAUGUCCACAAGCACUAGCAAGUCUUUAUUGUACUGAAGUACAUUUUAUAUAUAUAUAUUUUUUGUACCCAAUCCCUGCCACCCCCAACCCCGCAUCUUCAUGUUGUUGUUUUUCCGUCUGUUAAGAUUGCACAGAUUCUACUGUGCAUAUUCACACUUGGGGUGGGCCGUAAUGCUAUCUUAGGUAGAUGCAUGCAAGUUUGCAUUCAACAUCAAAAAGGAAUGGUGAGAGAGUAUAUGAAAGUAGGGUAGUGGGGUAUCCACAACUUAAAUGGAAAAACAUGGAACUUUUUGAAUGGUGAAGUCACUCCUUUAACUUAUUUUAUUUGUUUAUCUCUCUGUGGUUGUAAGGCAGUUGUGUUUCAUGGGGUACUUCUUGGCGAUGAAUAGUGUAAUUUGAACUGGCCAUUCACAUAGACAUGGGAUGACUAAAGGGAACAUAUAGGUAGACCAAAGAACAUUUUAUUUCCACUUCUCUACAAGAAAUGUUUUCAUUAAACCCUCCAAAGCGCUUGGUCUUUGAAUUUCAAAGAUUUUGAAGCAAAACAGGUGGCAUUGUGUUUGACAUUUGGCAGCUACUUUUUACAGUUGAUGUGUCAGUGAUGUUCCUUUUUUUCUUUUGGGAAACAAAUCCUGUUGAAUCCAGACAGCCAGCAAGCAGUUGGCAGUGUUAUUUUUUAUGUCCAUUUUUUUUUGGUUAAGGAAAGUGUACGUAACCAUGAGAAGCCUUAUCAUAUGUAAUAAGCUGUCCAAUAGCCAUGAUGCACUUUGGUUUCAAAUGAAUCUUCACAUGAAAAAUUUAGUGUUCUCAACAAAAGAAACUACAGUGAACAAAUCCAUUUCUCCAUGAACCUAAAAACUGCCACCAACAAUGUGAUGUGACAGCUGAUUUAUAUGGUCCACAGAAGAUUGAAUGGUCCAGUCCCUACUAAAGCCUUUUGUAUUACAAUUGUGAAUGCCUUUUACUUUAUUUGUACAAAUUGUAAUAGGUUGAAUUCUGGAUUUCAAACUAAAUCAACCUACCAUUUUCACAUUCUGAAGACACCACCUCCACUGAAAAUUCAUAAGCAUGUGUAUGGCGAAAGCACAAGGUUGUAAUGCAGACAUGUUGAGGUUGUAAAGAACAUUGUUAGGGUGUUUUAUGAAUUGCUAAUUUAUAUGUUUAUAUGUUGAUGAGACACGUGAAAUCAUGUUUACCACUGCAGGGAUCAUUAAUUUGGUAUAGGGUGUGGUAGUUAUGGUAAGUAGUAGCCUAAGUUCUUUGGUGUAUAAUCCACUUGCAAACCAGAUGAUGGAUGUCCAUAACUUUUUUCCAUGACUUUUUUUUCUUCAGAACAAUACAGGAUACAUUUUAUAUUUGAAAUAAAGCCUUUAUGAACAUGACUAUAAACUCCAA